AACAAACCAGCACUAAUACAGGAAAAAACAAAUCUAUAUAAUCAUGGCAAACAAGUAAACCCUAAUUUGAUCACAUCUGACAAUAUUAACCAUCUUCCUCACAAACCCUAGAAACCAAACUCAAGAACAAAAAAUCAAAAAUAUGUGGCACAUAGCAGGACCAUCAGAGUAUCUAGCAAUAACAGGAGCAGGAAUCCACGAUAUAAAAUUAGCCAAGAAAUCAUGGAUAUGGCCCAUGCAAAAGUGCAGUCGUUUUGACGUUUCACCAGUUAACUACACGUUCGAAGUUCAAGCUAUGAGUGCCGAGAAACUGCCGUUUUUAUUACCGGCGGUUUUUACGAUCGGCCCGCGAGUCGACAGUGAAGACAGUUUGAUUGUUUAUGCCAGAUUGAUGUCCACACAUGAUCAAAAUUCGAACCAUGUUAAUGAGCUUGUUCAGGGUGUAAUUGAAGGGGAGACUCGUGUUUUAGCUGCUUCUAUGACUAUGGAAGAGAUUUUUAGGGGAACUAAAGAUUUUAAACAAGAAGUUUUUGGGAAAGUUCAGUUGGAAUUGAAUCAGUUUGGUUUGAUUAUUUAUAAUGCUAAUGUUAAGCAGCUUGUUGAUGUUCGUGGCCAAGAAUAUUUUUCUUAUUUGGGUCAGAAAAUCCAGACGGAAGCUGCUAAUCAAGCUAAGGUUGAUGUUGCUGAGGCAACAAUGAAGGGUGAAACUGGAGCCAAGACGAGGCAAGGGCUGACUGCACAAAAUGCUGCAAAAAUAGAUGCUGAAACAAAGAUUAUAUCAACUCAAAGGCAAGGAGAAGGGCAGAAGGAGGAAAUUAAGGUGAAGACUGAUGUGAAAAUAUUUCAGAACCAAAAGGAGGCUGAGGUGGCAGAGGCCAAUGCUGAGCUGGCAACAAAGAAGGCAGGGUGGGCUCAGGCAUCUCAGUUGGCUGAGGUGGAGUCUUCCAAGGCUGUAGCUAUAAGAGAAGCUGAGUUGCAAACUGAAGUGGAAAGGAAGAAUGCUAUGGCUAGAACUGAGAAUCUCAAGGCUGAGUUGUUAAGUAAGGCUACUGUUGAUUAUGAGACUAAGGUUCAAGAGGCAAAUUGGGAGUUGUACAAGAAACAAAGAGAAGUUGAUGCAGUGUUCUACCAGAAGCAAAAAGAUGCAGAAGCACAGAAAGCUAAUGCAGAUGCAGCUUUAUAUGCUCGCCAGCAAGCCGCCAAUGGAGAAGUUUAUGCAAAACAAAAGGAAGCUGAAGGCAUUCAAAUAUUAGCAGAAGCUAAGGGAAUUUACUUAGGCACACUUCUGAAACAACUUGGUGGCAACUAUGGUGCACUGAGAGACUUCAUGAUGCUUGAUAAGAAUUUAUUCCAGGAUGUUGCCAAGAUUAAUGCUGAUGCUAUCAAGGGAUUGCAGCCUAAGAUUAGCAUAUGGAACAACGGCGGAGAUCAGGUUAGCGGUGGCGGUGGCGGUGGUGUUGGUGGUCCGAUGAAGGAUAUAGCUGGAGUUUACGGGAUGUUGCCUCCUUUGCUUCAGACUGUGCAUGAGCAGACUGGUAUGCUGCCACCAGCUUGGUUAGGCACACUGCCGGAAAGUGGGAAUACCUCCUCUAAUAAAAUAUAUACCUAAAGGCUAAAAGUUUAUUAGUUUGGGAAGUAAUAGUAGGAAUAUUUACUUACUAUUUAACUUGGUUUGACUUGGUUAAA